AUGGGAAAAUAUACGGCUUUAUCUCCGCAGGUUUGGGCAGCAGGUCGCGCGUUAUAAAUACAACCUCCAGUCGGAGAAAUCAAAAUGAGCCACGACCUCCAAAGACGCCGCGCCCGGCCACCGCUCCAUGACCUUUGCAAGAAGGAUGCUGCAGCAAGCUCAGAGAGUGUCCGGCCGCAGCGCCGCCCCUGUGCUCAAGUGGAUGGAGAGAUGUGCCGAGGGCGCAGCGUCCACCGCGCACGGUCACAAGCUGCCCGGGCUGAAGACCCUGCAGGACAUGCCUGGACCGUCCGUGGGCAGCUUUGCCUGGGACCUGUUCGCUAAACGGGGGCUGUCGAGGCUGCACGACUUACAGUUGGAAGGCGUGAACCGCUACGGUCCCAUGUGGAAGGCCAGCUUCGGCCCCAUCCUGACUGUUCACGUGGCCGAUCCAGUGCUGAUCGAGCAGGUACUGAGGCAGGAGGGCCAACACCCCAUGCGCUCCGACCUCUCGUCCUGGAAGGACUACAGGAAACUCAGGGGACAUCACUAUGGACUCUUGACAUCCGAGGGGGAGGAGUGGCAGACGGUAAGAAGUCUUCUGGGGAAGCACAUGCUGCGGCCGAAGGCGGUGGAGGUUUAUGACGAAACCCUCAACAGCGUGGUCAGUGACCUCAUUGCCAAACUGCGCUUCAGCAGAAACCCGCAGGGCCUCGUCACUGAUAUCGCCAGCGAGUUUUACCGCUUUGGCCUUGAGGGCAUUUCCUCUGUGUUGUUUGAAUCCAGAAUCGGUUGCCUGGAUCAGGUGGUUCCUGAGGAGACGGAACGUUUCAUUCAGUCCAUCAACACCAUGUUUGUGAUGACGCUGCUCACAAUGGCCAUGCCCAGCUGGCUGCACCGGCUCCUCCCUAAACCCUGGAGCGUCUUCUGCCAGUGCUGGGACUUCAUGUUUGAAUUUGCAAAAGGUCACAUUGACCAGCGGCUGAAAACUGAAGCGGAGAAACUCGCCCGUGGAGAGAAGGUGGAGGGGCGCUACCUCACCUACUACCUGUCCCAGACCAGCAUGCCCAUUAAAACUGUCUACAGCAACGUCACCGAGCUGCUGCUUGCAGGAGUGGACACAAUCUCCAGCACGUUGUCCUGGUCCUUGUACGAGCUGUCCCGUCACCCUGAGGUCCAGGCCUCACUCCGCAGUGAAGUGUUGGCGGUACUGCAGGGUCGCAGGGUGGCCGAGGCAGCAGAUGUGGCCCACAUGCCUCUGCUGAAAGCCGUCGUCAAAGAAGUUCUCAGGUUGUAUCCUGUCAUUCCUGCAAAUGCCAGGGUGAAUACAGAGAAAGAAAUCUCAGUGGGAGGUUACCUCCUUCCAAAAAAUACUCUGAUAACGCUCUGCCACUUUGCAACAUCGCGUGACCCUGCGGUGUUCACGAAUCCAGAUGAAUUCCAGCCUCACCGCUGGUUGAACAAGGACCAGACUCAUCACCCGUACGCCUCAGUGCCGUUCGGGGUGGGAAAACGCAGCUGCAUAGGUCGGAGGAUCGCCGAGCUGGAGCUGUAUCUUGCCAUCGCCAGGAUCCUGAUAGAGUUUGAGGUGAAGCCUGAUCCAGAAGGAGUUUCUGUGAAGCCCAUGACACGAACACUUCUGGUCCCUGAAAAUGUCAUUAGCCUCCAGUUUAUGGAGCGAUGACCUACUGCACGUAGCUGAACAGUAACAUGAAUCUGAACAUGAGUGUCGGGGCAGCACACAGACCGUGUUAUCACAGGUUCCCUGGAGUCUGCUGUAGACAGUGGCUAAUCAUCAGCGUAGACCUUCACCCUCCAGCACAACUGAGACCAAAGCGCUUUUAUUUUUUUGUCUCUACUUCCACCGUACAGGCGAACGAGCAGAGAGACGACCGUGUGUGAUGACACACCGCUACAGCUUUUCAUGAGAACAUGUUGUUACUCCAAACGUCACACUGUACGUCCUCUUUUAAUGAAAUCACCAUUAGCACUUAUGCAUUUGGACGGAGGCCACAAGCAAGUCAAUGCUGCACUUCAUCGAAUGUAAUGCAAUAUGUACAGUGUAUCAGUAUGUGAAGCUUUUUUUUACAGAAUCCCCUUCUUAUGUUGGAUCAAGAGCUCAGAUUUUCUGUGAUAUCCAUUUCUAAAUAUGUGUAAUCAUAAUAAUAAUAAUAAUAAUGUUUUUUCUGUUCUGUUGUUGUUCAAUUUUGGUGAAAUAUAGAGGUGUUUUCCUGUUAAGGCUACUAUAAAGAUUGACUACUGAUUAUAAAGUUGAGUGUGAUGAUCACAGGUGCAUGACAAUCUCAUAGUGUGUGAUUCCUUUCAAUACGACGGCAGCUCUUGAACUGAUUCCAUUUUUUUGGAACAAAUAUUAUGUCUGAAAUCUCAAAAGUAAGCUUCUCUGCACUCAGGCUUUGUACUUGUCUGUAUUUUCUUUGAAACCCUAUUGUAAUGCCAUGAUUCAAUGCUCUGUGCUGAAGACACGACCUAAUAUCUAGUAUCUGCUUUUACUCUUUACAUUUAGAGCUGUAGGUGAUGUACUGAAUAUUUUUAAACCUGUCCAGCUUUUGUAUUUAUUUUAAUUUAACACAUGUAGAAACUUUUAUCGAAAAUGUCAGUAAAAUGACCUUGAAUUGAGCAUGUUUGAUGGUUUUAUUUAACCCCAGUUUGUGACAUCUGUAAUAUAUGUUUAUUGUAUGGUUGACAUGACACCUGUUCUGUGCACUUAACCCUUAAACCACUUAAAAUCUGUAGCGCCUCUUGUGGAUGUGUAUGACAACUAAAACUAAAAAAAUCUAUGAUUUAAUAAAAAAUGUUUAAUAAAUCAGA